GCCUGCUGGAGAUGGUGUGAUUACUCCAGGGAGAAGGUGGAAAAGCCUCGCAUCACUCAGCUGUCCUCCUGCUGAUUAAGGAGUGUUACUGUCCAGGAUGCCUUUAGGAGAGGUACACGCGUGAAGUCUUCCUGAGCACUGCAUGGGAUGGGAAGGUUCCCUCUCUCUGAGGCAGCAGCACGUGUGACAGGAGGCUGAAAGGGACGUGUUUCUGACUGCUUCCCAGCUCCCGGCUGUGCUGGAGGCUCCAGAGGGGUGGCAGCACCGUUCAUUUCUCCCUCGAAACAGAAGAAUGCGCUCGGUCGCGCUUUUCUCAGCAGCUCUGCAGCCUGUGGAGAGUGUGGGCAGUUCCUGUGCGCAGCAUCCUGGAAAAUGUGCGUUCUCUUGAAGUGAUCUGCUGGAAAGCACGUACUUGCUGCAGUUGUUCCAGCCCCUCAAGGUCUGAAAUGCCCGGUCUCUGAUAAUUCCCUGGGAUUUGCAUUCCGUCUGCCGAAGGAGCGCUCACCUGCCGCGCCUGUCCAGCGAACCCCGCGGAGCAAGGACGCUGAAAAUGGCUCUGUGUGUUUUUUAUGCAGUCUGGGGUUUGUUGCUGGAGGUAGCAAUAGCGUUUGGCCCGGUCCCGAGGAUCACUUGGGAACACAGAGAGGUCCAGCUAAUACAUUUUAAUGAACCAAAAGUGUCAAACUAUUCAACCUUGCUGUUAAGUGAAGACAAAAAUGUUCUAUAUGUAGGAGCCAGGGAAGUGAUCUUUGCCUUAAACGCAGUGAAUAUUGCUGAGAAGCAGCACGAGUUACACUGGAAGGCCGCAGAAGAUAAAAGGACAAAAUGCGCAGUCAAGGGCAAAUCAGAACAGACGGAGUGUCGUAACUACGUGCGUGUCUUGCAGCAGCUGAAUGAUACUUUUCUCUACGUGUGUGGAACUAAUGCAUUUCAGCCAACAUGUGAUUACGUGAAUUUAACUUCAUUUGAACUUGGAGGUAAAAAUGAAGAUGGUAAGGGUAGAUGUCCAUUUGAUCCUGCUCAAAGCUACACAUCUGUUAUGGUUGACGAGGAGCUUUAUUCUGGGACUUCUUACAAUUUCUUGGGAAGUGAACCCAUUAUUUCACGGCACUCUCAUCAGAGCCCUCUGAGAACAGAGUAUGCAAUACCUUGGCUUAAUGAGCCCAAUUUUGUUUUUGCUGAUGUGAUAAGAGCAGAUCAAAACAGCACAGAUGGAGAAGAUGACAAGAUAUACUUCUUUUUCACCGAGGUGUCUGUGGAGUAUGAAUGUAUUGGAAAACUGAUGAUUCCAAGAAUAGCUAGGGUCUGCAAGAGGGACCAAGGAGGAUUAAGGAUCUUGCAGAAAAAAUGGACAUCCUUUCUCAAGGCCAGACUGAUUUGUACCAUCCCUGAUAAGAAUUUAAUUUUCAAUGUUAUCAAUGAUGUUUUUAUCCUCAAGUCUCCGACUUUGAAGGAGCCAGUGAUAUAUGGAGUCUUCACCCCACAGCUGAAUAACGUGGGGUUGUCAGCAGUGUGUGCAUACAGUCUGUCUACUGUAGAAGAGGUUUUCUCAAAAGGAAAAUACAUGCAGAGUGCUAUAGUGGAACAGGCUCACACAAAGUGGGUACGAUACAAUGGGGAGAUCCCUAAUCCUCGACCUGGUGCGUGUAUAAACCAUGAAGCUGGAGGAUCAAGCUACAUGAGCUCGCUGAAUUUACCAGACAAGACACUGCAGUUUGUCAGAGACCAUCCUCUGAUGGAUGACUCAGUGACCCCGGUGGGAGACAGACCUCGGCUGGUAAAGCAGGAUGUGAAGUACACACAGAUUGUGGUGGACAGAGUCAGAGCACUCAAUGGCACCAUGUAUGACGUGAUGUUCAUCGGUACAGAUCGGGGAGCCGUGCACAAAGCCAUCAGCUAUGAAAAUGGAAUGCAUAUUAUUGAAGAAACACAGUUUUUUCCAGAUUUCGAACCGGUCCAGACUCUCUUGCUUUCAUCCAAAACAGGCAGAAAAUACCUCUUUGCUGGCUCAAAUUCUGGUGUGGUUCAGUCCCCAUUGGCAUUCUGUGACAAGUACACCACUUGUGUUGACUGUGUUCUGGCAAGGGAUCCUUACUGUGCUUGGAAACCCCUUGAAGCUUCCUGCAUUAAUAUUUUUAAAGAAGCUGAAAUUGGAAGGAACUGGAUUCAGAACAUAGGUGGAGAUGCAUCUUCUUGUUCUGAUAAAGUAAGAGAGAAUCCCCUACAGCAUACAUUCAAGCAUGGGAGCACAGCAGAACUCAAGUGUUCUCAAAAGUCCAAUCUGGCACAGGUAGUUUGGAAGUUCAAAGAUGAUGUGCUGAGAGUGGAGAGUCCCAAGUACCGUCUGCUGGAAAAGGCACUGCUCAUCUUCAAUUUAUCAGAAGGAGACAGUGGCGUUUACCAGUGUUUGUCAGAAGAAAAAGUGAAGAAUAAGAAAUUUUCUCAAGUGCUGGCUAAGCACGUUUUGGAACUGAAAAAAAUACAGCACACCGUGGCGGGCCCCACCGCAGCAGCUGCACCAACAGAAGGUAAUAGUGAUGUGCCAAAGGCCUCAGCUGUGUCAACCGAGGGUUCCACUGCUCACACCUCGACCACUCACAUGGUGCCAGUCACGACAGCAAGGAUAGUGACAAAGCCCAUUGGCCCUGUCCUGACGAGUGUAGCCUCCAACACAGAGCUCUUCAACUCAAUUCCCGAUGCGGUCCCAGAAAAGACGAUGUUCCUCAAGUCAAACGACAACUUCUUGUUGAUGUUCCUCUUCCUCUUCUUUUUCAUUCUGUUUCUGUGCCUGCUCUCCUACAACUGCUACAAGGGGUACCUGCCGGGGCAGUGCCUGAAGUUCCGCUCCGUCAUGCUGCUCGGCAAGAAGAAAACCAAGUCGGAUUUUUCCGACUGCGAGCAGAGCGUGAAGGAGACGCUGGUGGAGCAGGGCAGCGUGAGCCACCAGAGCGGGGAGCAGCCCAAGCCCGCGCACGACACCGGCUACGAGACGGAGCCCGACUGCGGGAACAGCCAGCUGCAGGCCGGGGACUCGCAGGCGUCCCGCGAGGCCAAGGACAAGCCCUUCGAUGUCAAGUGCGAGCUCAAGUUCGCAGACUCGGACGUGGAAGGGGACUGAUGGCUGAUCCAUUCCCUCUCCUUUCCGAGGUGGAUGCGAGCCGCGGUCCCGCGGCGGCUGUCGGAGCAGGGGCAGCGCGGCGGGGAACGACGGCCAAGCCAUAGCGGGGUUUUCGUGCUUCAGCUGUACAGCGAGCCAGUUUCCAUUCAGAUCUCAGCAGAUUAGAGAAGCGGUGUUCUUGUCUGGAGACCGUGGCAUCUUGUGUCGUACUGUCCUUCUUUUUUUUUUAAAAAAAGUUUUUUUGAAUGGCCAGUUUCAGAUCGCCACUUGUUUAUUCCAGGUAUUUUUUUCCCCCCCCACUGAGCGCUUUGCUCCAGUGAAGCUACUUGCUUGUUCUUUGGCCAUGUUCUUCCAUAGAGUAAAAGUAACUUUUUAAUUCAGUUGGCUUUAAAAAGUACUUCAGUCUACACACGUUUUUAGUUGCCAUUAAAAAAAGACCUAGUUUCAUUUUAAUUCCAAAUUGGAAAUUGAGUUUAGUUUAUCAGAUUGGUAAAUUAUAGACUUUUGUCCAGAUUGGGACAUUUUUUUCUUUGCUUCUAGUGAUUAUUUUUAGUUUCAUGCUUUGUGUUUUGGCACACUAGAUCUCUUUAGUUGGUUAAAGUUAAUUUUUUUAACUACUUUUUGAGUAUCUUAGAUUUUAAGGUACAAUGGGGAUAGCAUUGCCUUGAUUUGUGUAAGACUCAGGGAUAAUCUUGUUUAAAGGUUUUUUUCUUUGCUGCUUUUUAGAAAUGUAGGUACAACAAUAUCAGUACAAAACAUGGAGUAAGUGGGGAAUGGGGAAGGAGGAAAUAAAUGCUUUUUCUUUUUUUUUUUGUUUUUCCUCCCCCCACCAGCUAGAAAGCUGGACAUAGUGAUGUUUUAUUUUCUAUACAAAACUGGAUUUUUUUUUUUCCUUUAGUUGAUGAAACAGUACAGGCAAGCAUCUGUCAGUUAGCAGUGACAAGGAAAGAGGUUUCUUGCAUUGUGGGAGCAAAACAGGAAUCAA